UUAGCGUUCAGAUGGAGCAGCUCUGGCAAGAGAAGAAGCAGGUUAUAUUAUUGAUUACCUGCUGCAGCAGACAGUUGCGCCAGGAUUUUUUUUUGCGAGCGCAGAUGAAACAGAGGAGGCUCUACUGAGCACCGUUAUUGUUGUCAUUGCUUGCUUAAGGCUUUAUUAAAAAAGAACUGGAUGCACAUGCUGAAUUUCAUCUGUGGAAGAUGGAGUAAGAUGUGGACUUAACUGAUGUUGUAACAUGCAAAAUCCCUCCACACAUGAAGAAAAGAGCCCUCUUGUGGUAAUGUUAGAGGAAUAGCAACUGGAGACAACCUGCUGCACCCUGCUACUCUGUAAGACAAACAUCAGUAAAGCCAAGCAGCAGGAAAAGAAGGGUUCUUCAUGACAAAAUGACAGCAAGAGAACACAGUCCCCGCCAUGGUGCAAAAUCCCGCACCAUGCAACGGGCCUCCACCAUUGAUGUCACCUCUGACAUGCUAGGCCUUUCUUUAGCAGGAAACAUUCAGGAUCCAGAUGAGCCGAUUUUAGAGUUCAGUUUAGCUUGCAGUGAGCUGCUAACUCCAUCGCUAGAUCGAAAACCAAAUAGUUUUGUAGCAGUGAGUGUAACUACACCUCCUCAGGCAUUCUGGACAAAGCAUGCACAGACAGAAAUUAUUGAGGGAACAAAUAAUCCCAUCUUUCUAAGCAGCAUUGCCUUUUUCCAAGACUCUCUUAUUAAUCAAAUGACACAAAUCAAACUCUCCGUGUACGACGUCAAAGAUAGAUCUCAGGGAACAAUGUAUUUGUUGGGUUCUGGGAUGUUCACUGUAAAAGAACUUCUUCAGGAGAAGAAUCACAGGUUGCACUUAACACUAAGGUCCACCUCCAAAAAAAUCUCAACGCAGAGUGUUUGUUGCAGGUCGGCUGAAAGUGACCGUGUAGGUAACAUUACAGUUAUUGGAUGGCAAAUGGAGGAAAAAACUGACCAAAGACCUCCAGUGACGAGGUCACCCGAUACAAUUAACGGAAGGACUGUGUUGCCAGUUGAUGAAAGCUUAACGGAAUCUUUAGGAAUCAGAUCCAAAUAUGCUUCAUUACGGAAAGAUGCACUACUGAAAUCUGUGUUUGGUGGCGCCAUUUGCCGAAUGUAUCGUUUCCCAACCACUGACGGAAACCACUUGAGAAUUUUGGAGCAGAUGGCUGAGAGUAUCCUGUCGCUGCACAUCCCUCGGCAAUUUGUGAAGCUUCUUCUAGAAGAAGAUGCAGCAAGAGUUUGUGAACUAGAAGAAUUGGGAGAACUAUCUCCCUGUUGGGAAAGCCUUCGUCGACAAAUAGUUACUCAGUACCAAACAAUUAUUUUAACCUAUCAGGAAAAUCUGACUGACCUGCACCAGUAUAAAGGUCCUUCAUUUAAAGCCAGUAGCUUGAAAGCUGAUAAAAAAUUGGAAUUUGUUCCUACGAAUUUACAUAUACAGAGAAUGAGAGUCCAGGAUGAUGGAGGAUCAGAUCAGAACUACGACAUAGUAACCAUAGGAGCACCAGCAGCUCAUUGUCAAGGCUUUAAAUCAGGUGGCUUGCGGAAAAAGCUGCAUAAAUUUGAAGAGGCGAAGAAACACAGUUAUGAGGAGUGUUGCACUUCAACAAGUUCCCAGUCUAUAAUAUACAUCCCACAGGACAUUGUUAGAGCAAAGGAAAUUAUUGCACAGAUCAACACCCUGAAAACACAAGUCAGUUACUAUGCAGAAAGGCUCUCAAGAGCUGCCAAGGAUAGAUCAGCUAACGGCCUUGAAAGAACACUUGCCAUUCUCGCAGACAAGACCCGGCAACUUGUCACAGUCUGUGACUGCAAGCUGUUGGCAAAUUCAAUACAUGGACUGAAUGCUGCAAGGCCAGACUAUAUAGCUUCAAAAGCAUCUCCAACCUCUGGAGAAGGGGAACAAGUGAUGCUGAGGAAUGAUCAAGAUACACUUGUGGCCAGAUGGACAGGACGAAAUAGCCGGUCUUCUCUGCAGGUGGAUUGGCAUGAAGAGGAAUGGGAGAAAGUUUGGUUGAACGUUGACAAAAGUCUGGAGUGUAUUAUACAGAGAGUGGACAAACUUCUCCAGAAGGAACGCUUGCAGAGUGACAGCUGUGAAGAUGUUUUCCAGUGUGACACCAGCAGUACUAGUAAGAAAGGUAAUCGGGACACUCGUGCCUACUGGAUAAAUCCAGAAGAUUUAAAUGAGACCUCAUCAUCCUCACCACCACCUUCAUCAUUCUCACCAAUAUCUUCAUCCACAACAUCCUGUGCAUGCCAUUCUCUCAGAAAGACAAAUUGCAGCCCUGCUCCGGAAGAAUCUGCCCCAGGCGAAUGGAGCGAAGCUCUUUAUCCCUUGCUGACCACACUCACAGACUGCGUGGCCAUGAUGAGUGACAAGGCAAAAAAAGCCAUGGUCUUUUUAUUAAUGCAGGACAGUGCCCCAACGAUAGGGCUGUGCCUGAGCCUGCAGUAUCGCAGGGAUGUUGUCUUCUGCCAAACUCUGACAGCUCUCAUUUGUGGUUUCAUUAUCAAGCUGAGGAACUGCCUGCAUGAUGAUGGAUUUCUAAGACAACUCUACACCAUUGGCUUGCUGGCACAGUUUGAGAGCCUGCUGAGCACCUAUGGUGAAGAGCUGGCAAUGCUGGAGGACAUGAGUUUGGGAAUCAUGGACUUGAGGAAUGUAACCUUUAAAGUAACUCAGGCCACAUCAAAUACAUCUACUGACAUGCUGCCGGUCAUCACUGGAAAUCGUGAUGGAUUUAAUGUGAGGAUCCCUUUGCCAAGCGCCUUGUUUGAUUUGUUGCCGCGAGAGAUUCAAAGUGGGAUGUUACUGAGGGUUCAGCCCGUUCUUUUCAAUGUGGGAAUCAAUGAGCAGCAAACCCUAGCAGAGAAAUUUGGAGACACCUCACUGCAAGAAGUAAUUAACAUGGAAAGCUUAGUGCGGUUGAAUUCCUAUUUUGAGCAGUUCAAGGAAGUUUUACCUGAUGAUUGUCUACCUCGAUCUCGUAGUCAGACGUGCCUGCCUGAACUGCUAAGAUUUCUAGGACAAAAUGUACACGCAAGGAAAAAUAAGAAUGUUGAUAUCCUUUGGCAAGCUGCUGAGGUAUGCCGCAGACUAAAUGGUGUUCGAUUUACAAGCUGUAAAAGUGCCAAGGAUAGGACUGCCAUGUCGGUCACCCUGGAGCAGUGUUUGAUCCUACAGCAUGAACAUGGAAUGGCUCCACAGGUCUUCACCCAGGCUCUGGAGUGUAUGAGGAGUGAGGGUUGUCGGCGAGAAAAUACAAUGAAGAAUGUUGGAUGUCGCAAGUAUGCGUUUAAUUCCCUGCAACUGAAGGCUUUCCCAAAGUAUUACAGGCCUCCAGAAGGAACUUAUGGAAAAGUUGAAACAUAAGCAUAUACUCUGUCCUCUAAUUGCUGUUCCAUUAAAACGUGUGGAUACACUCUAGAUUAAAACAUGACUUUGUCAUCCAGAAGAGAUAAAUAACCUUUUUGUACGUUCCGCUAGGUUAUACGGAGCAUGUUACUUACAGAAUCGGAGUCUAUAGUAACAAUUAUUCUGACACCUUAGCUUGAGAAUAGUGUGACGACUCUCUGCCCGUUUAAAUAGCCUUCAGUGUAUGUAAGAUGAACAGAUCUUGUGCUACUUAAUGAUUACCUAUAUGCAAAUAGCUAGGUACUUCCUGGAUGGGCAAGGACUUGAGGAGUGGCAUUUAGGCAGCUGUUUCACACAACGUCUUUUUAUACUGAGUUGACUUGGGAUUGAGCUUUUCAUAAACUUUUUAAAACUGAGAGUUAAAAGUUGUAAAUAGAAAGGGAUUGGAUCCUAGAGAGUCUGAUAACCGUAGAAUGCAUUGUCACAAUCAAAAACCAGAAGUUUAACUUGUAAAUGAUCAGCACAAUAAAAGCCAGGAGUAUAAAUUGUUUUACUGUAUCUAUAGGAUGCCAUCUCCAUAUAGGAAGUUAUCGAUACAUCGAAGGCCAGGCAUACGAGGUCUGGUUUCUAGUUCUGUCUAAAUUCCUGCGGUGUUGGGCAGAUAAGGACCUGGGCACACAUCUUGACUGACUGUAAAAAGUGUUCCAGAAAGAUAAUGAUGCUUAACCAUUAAAGCCAGCAACAAGUCUCCUUGCCCUUCCCCAUUAUACGGCAAGAGCAUGUUGCGGAUGAUGCACACGACAUGUUCGGUAUGUUCCAUGGUACUGUAUAUUAAUUAACACAUUUUUAGCCAUGGUUUUUUAUAGCACUUCUGGAUUGUAAGCAUUAGCAUCUUGGGGGGAGGUUACCUUUUUUUUUUAAUUGGUGUGUGAUUUCUUUUUUUCUCCCCACAUCAAUAUCAAAAUGCUCAAAGUGCCCAAUGCCGUCCCCGUUUGCUUCAUAACCAAAAUUGCAUUUUACCUGAGCAGACAUUCACAAUCUGAUUUGCGACCUGAUCUAGGUGAACCUGCUUCUGCAGGGAGGGUUGGACUAGAUGAUCUCUAAAGGUCCCUUCCAACCCCUACCAUUCUGUGAUGGGAUGGGGGUUGGGGAAGUAUGACUGUUUCAGGGUAUUCCUGAGGAAGGCAGAGAUGCCCCGUGCUGAUAGAAGGGAACCUCUCAUGUGCUACUGCUAAUGUGUUGUGCGAGGUCUCCUGGGAAGUGAUCUCCCAAAGAAUGCCUUCGAAACCAAGAUAGCUUUUUAAAAAGCAGCUAAAAAUUACUUUCCCAAUUUUAGUAGGAUUAAGUAAUCUUUAGCCAUCUUCUUUUGGCACGCUGUGUCCUUUCUGUCUUGGUGUCUAAGGAUGUAAGUUUUAGGAGACAAAAAUCUGCUCAUUUGGUCUUGUGAGAGUAGCAACAGCCAGGUAAGUAUAUGGCUGUUUUCUUUCUCCCUCUCACUCUCACUGAUGUUUGUCUGUGCUGUCACUGCUCUAUCAAUCAGCCAUGUUCAUUCUGCUCCCAUGUAGGUUUGGGGGUUACAGGUCUAGCAGUUUUUGCAUUUUGCUUUUUGCAGUUUGACACUGAGCAGCAUGUCACAUACCCGGGUCAGAGAGUUCUGCUGAACGAGGUUGUUAACUGUUAUUUCAGCUUCUCUAGAAUAACGAGACACACAAUUCUUGUGCAAAAUCAAUGUGUUGUGGUACCUGUCCCAGGUACUUUUUACAAACCCUGUUUGCCAAUCAAUGUUGAUUUUCUGUUACUUUGUGUUAUUGCUAAUAUGUAAACAAAUGUACGGUGAAAAACCUUCCAGUGGGGGUGUCUUUAGACACGUUACUGCAUUAGUUCUGCUCAACCUUCAGUCCCUGGCCCGUUAUUAAAUGCUACAUUUAUUUUUGUAUAAAUUAUACUCUUUAUACCCCUUAGUUUUUAUGAGUUGGUAAUUUUAUUUUGUAUAUUUCAAACAUAGUUAAUUGUAUUUAAAGUCCUGUAUUGUUACACUAAAGAUCUUCCAAUGUCCAGCUUCAGAAAAAAAACCGAGGAGAGCUCUAUGGUAACAAUUAGUGGAGCCACUCUUGUAGACUGUGGCCAACAAUCAUUAGAUCUACUCUAGAGCUUAGCUAUCCUGUAUUUAUUUUUGUCUACCUAUGUAGUCAGGAGAAGCUGCUGAACUUUGUGUGUGCGUGGCUUUUUGCUCACCUUUUUAAAGUGGUGGAAUACCGGUCUCCUCAAAGCACUGCUUCGUUUUGUUUGAAAUACUCUGAUUUCAGUAUGCUCACAUGUAAAACGUUGUUGUCCAGCUAACGUUUGAUAUAUUGUCAGUCCAUGCACACCGAGGGGCUUGUUUAAAGGAACAGUCAGAUCUGGAGGAGUUCAUCAAAAAGGAAAAAACUGUGAAACUUGAAAACCACAUGGGACGCUUCACGAGGGGUGGAGUAAGCUUUUCUGUUGCACAGGAGAGGCGAAUCUGAGGAUUACUGUAAAAUGAAGUUCUGUCUAAUGUUCUUUUUUUGAGUACAUUUUUUUAAAUUAUAAAACAUACAAAGGUUAAAAAAAAAAAGAGAAAACUGUUGCCAAGUAUGUUCUGUGUAUGUUCUGUGAAAGUACCUACAGCACAGUUGCCUUUCGUUUCAUUUCUACAUGUAAAAUUAUUGUAUAAUACAACACUGUUUUGUCCCAACACGACUGUAUUUGCCAAGCUUUGUGCAUUGAAAUAUUUUUAUUUAUUUGGUUUUGGGGCGCUAUUAAUAUAUCAUAAACAUAUGGCUACUGUUUUAUAUAUAUUCUACUUCAUCCACUCCAUGUAUGCUGUAAAUGUGCUAGUCUUUAGGAUGAAAAACAAUAAAGAACUGACAAGAACAACAAA